AUGAAGCUGAGCUCUCUUUUAUUAUGUGCCCUUCCGGCUGCUGCCCUGGUUCUCCCAGGAGGCGGUGAUACGAUUAUUGCUCUCUCCAAACGCCAAAGCAUCAACACCGUCACGGAUGAACUCCUCUUCAGCAUCACACUUCCUGCAUUCACGGCCCGCAGGAACGCGCGUGACCCUAGUACACUAGACUGGACUUCCGAUGGCUGCACGUCAUCGCCUGACAACCCCUUUGGAUUUCCCUUCGUGCCGGCCUGCAACCGCCACGAUUUCGGCUAUCACAAUUACCGAAAUCAGAAUCGAUUCACCGAGAGCGGCAAGCUGAGGAUCGACAACCAAUUCAAGACAGAUCUUUACUACCAAUGCACAGCUGUGUCUUCAUGGACGCAGGGAAUAUGCAGGGCCCUCGCUGAUGUAUACUAUGCGGCCGUCCGGGCUUUUGGUGGUGACGACGCUUCUCCGGGCAAGAGGGAUGAGGAUCUCAUCCAGGAGUACGUGGAGAAGCUGGCGAUUUACCACAAGCUUGUCCAAGAAGCCCAGGAGCGCGGGGACUUGCCUCGCUUCGAGGAGUAA